GGCAAGGAGGUACCAAACUUAUUCCUUCCUUUGACUGGCUGCUAGGAGUGAUGGCUUCCAGUAGUGCUGCAAAGGACACAGAGGCAGCUCUUGGUCCAGUUGAAGAAAGGAUCUUGGAGCUAUGUCGCACAUAUCCAAAGGGAAUCUCAGACAAGAUCAUCCAGAAUGACAACCCGGAGCUGGAGCAGAAGGAGCGUGUUCAAGCGGUCAACAACCUGCUGGCAGCGGGCCAUAUCGACCUGUUUAAGCAGGGUUCCGAGCUCAUCUACCGAUUGAAGGGCACCAGUCGAGCACGGGGCGGCGACGCCGAGGAAAAGAUUGUUUAUGGCAUCAUAGAGGAGGCCGGCAACAAAGGAAUAUGGAUCCGCGACAUUCGCUUCAAAUCAAACCUUGGCAUGACCCAGCUGAACAAACUGCUGAAAACUAUGGAGGGAAAGAAGCUCAUCAAAUCAGUGACGUCUGUUGCGGCGUCCCGCAAGAAGGUCUACAUGCUGUACGACAUCGAGCCGGACCAGUCGGUGACGGGCGGCGCGUGGUACUCGGACCAGGACUUUGAGUCCGAGUUCGUGGAGGUGCUCAACCAGCAGUGCUACAAGUUCCUGCAGCAGCGCGCUGAACAGGCGGCUGCCAGCUCGGACGGUCCGAUGGCCGUGAGGAACCUCUCCUGCGCCUCGUCCAAGGAGAUCGCCCAGUACAUCUCCGAGCUGGGCAUCAGCAAGGUGAAUUUAUCCGUGCCCGACAUUGAGAAGAUCCUAGACACGCUCAUCUAUGACGGCAAGGUGGAAAGGCGACUGCAGGCGGGCGGCGGGGUCCAGGAGCAGCUGAAACUGUACCGCGCUACCCAGACGCUGCUGCCACCUGUCGGCCUGGUCAAAACCCCGUGCGGCAUCUGCCCGGUGAUAGACCAGUGUUCAGACGUGGGCUCCGUCACUCCGAAACACUGUUUGUACCUCAAAGACUGGCUAGAAUAAAAUGUUUUGUAUGCUGA